CUUCAUAUCAUCAAUAAUAUGUCCAACAAGAAGGCUGCUCCUAAGGCUGUUGAAAAGGUCACUCUCGGCCCUCAAGUCCGUGAAGGUGAACUCGUUUUCGGUGUUGCUCACAUCUUUGCUUCCUUCAACGAUACUUUCGUUCACGUUACCGAUCUCUCUGGUCGUGAAACUAUCUCCCGUGUCACUGGUACGUAUUCAUCAUCAUUUAAUUAUCAACGAAGAUUAAGAAAGGACGCCACUUUUUCCUUGAUUCAUCAGACAGCGUUGAUCUUUCUGUGCGUCAUGCCAGUGUUGACAUCCUAUAUGUAUGUUCUGCAUAUGUUCAACAACUUGGCAUUGCGAUGGAUAAAGCCUACCCGGGCGAGGUUCGGAAAAAAUGACCAGGUUAAAAAAAGAUGUCGGCAUUGGACAUUGAUCUGAACUGAAAGAGACAAUUGUUGAUUGAUGAAUUGAGGGAAAAGUCGAGCGGCGUGUGUAUAUUUUUGUUGUAUGUAUUCUUCAAUGAUACUAAAAAAUAUACGCAUCCCCCUCCUGUGUACCUUUUGUGUAUAUUUUUUUUUUGUGUGUGUCGUUCGUUACUCGAAUGAAUAGGUGGUAUGCAAGUUAAGGCCGAUCGUGAUGAAUCUUCUCCUUAUGCUGCCAUGUUGGCUGCCCAACAAGUAGCUGCUAAGUGUAAGGAACUUGGUAUCAAUGCUCUUCACAUCAAGAU